AACAAAAACAAGUUGGCGUGGCGUCAACAUUGUGAUGACAUUUACUAAAUAUACGCUUUAGCUCAGGUGUCUGAAACUCAAAAUGGAACACAUACCUGAGACUCAGGUAAUGUCUGAAGGCAUGGAGCAGAAUAACAACAACUCAAGAAAUGUCAGUCGCAAACGGUUGGUCAGAAAAAGGUCAUUUUUGGAUGCCCUUACAGAGAAAUACUGCGUUAAUAUGAAUGAUGAUAAUUAUGAGUUCGUGCACAUCGUGAUCACAGGUAAACCACGCAACAAUGGAACAGACGCUGAACUCGCACAUCUGAGAAAUGUCGUGUUAGACCGACAUAACAUAUCCCACGCUGGACUGCCACAGGAAGGACUCACCUCCAUCUGCCCUAAUGUGGUUGACCUUGACCUUGCAUGUAACAACAUUGACAACUGGUCAGAAAUCCUGCAGAUAAUUUCAAAACUCCCCAAGCUCAAGUUUGUCAAUCUCAGUGGAAACAAACUUAUGAAAGAUGAGGCCCUGCUUCGUGACUGGCCACACCAACUGCCAGCCGUGGAAAACCUUGUUCUGAACAAGACUGGCAUCACAUGGACAGAGGUGGAGGCACUAGGACAAAGAUUGCCUUCUCUGAGAGAGCUGCAUGUGUGUGGGAAUGAUUUUGAAGACCUUGAAUGCGAGUGGAAGCACUUUUCCAAAGUGGAAUGUUUGCGGCUCAACAAUAAUACUAUCAAGAGCUGGUCAGAAGUGUGGAAACUACGGACCCUCACAAAUCUGAAAAACCUCAUACUCUCUGGCAACCCUUUACAGGAUGUUCACUAUGACCCCAGUUGUCAAGGCAACCAGCCUGGUGACCUCAAGCCAAAUAUGACCCCUAUGCAAGACUGCAGUGCCAUCAUUGAUGUUCUCGUGUCGGAGGCUUGCCAGUCUGGAGAUAAUUCUGUGAAUGAGAAAUGCUGGAGCAUUGUUGAUGAGAUUUUUAAUGAGGCUUGUAACAUAGCUUGUGAAUCAUGCAAUGCUCAAACAAAAGAAACUGAUCCUUCAAAUACCGGUAUGUUCAAAUCAAAGAAAAAUUGCACCCCAGAAAAUUCUGGAAAACCCAUCGCCAAAUCAGAUCAGAUGAAGGGAGGCAACUCUGAGGCUCCUGAUUCUGGAGAGGAUGAUGCCAGUGAAGCCGGCACAAGACCUUUCCACCAGCUGCACACAUUGUGUUUAAGCAAGACCAACAUCACUGACUGGGAACACCUGCAUGCCUUGUCUCAGUUCCCCUCCCUUUCAUCAGUGAGGCUGACCGGUAUACCGCUUGUCGCACAGAUGGAGCAAGAUGACCGAUGGAUGUUGUACAUAGCAAGCUUGCCGAAUAUCAAGCUUCUGAACGGCAGCGAUAUCACAAACACAGAGAGAGAAAAGUCAGAACGGUUCUUCCUGCGACACUUCCUUAACACUGCUGAGAGUGAUCGACCAACAAGAUUUGCUGAACUGGAAAAAAAGCAUGGUAAACUGACACAGAUAGUUGACAUUGACCUCGGUGCAAGGUACGAGGAAAGGCCGACCUUGACCUUCAUCCUCUGUGGGAAAGUGGCAUUCAAGGAGAAGAUCCAUGUUGUGGGACCUGUAGGGAAACUGCGCAACUUUGUGGCCAACAAGUUGGGUGUGCACAAACGUCAGUUCCGGAUGUACCACCAGUCUAUGAUCCGGACAUGCAUCGGAGAACUCCCCGAUCUGGAGGAACUGUUCCUGGACUCCCUCCCUAUGGGCAGAUUUGACUUCUUGACUGGCGAUGAGAUCCAUAUUGAUCUAUUCUCCUUCCGAUAGCAACAUGGAGUCACACAAUGUUAGACUAUAUAGUUUGAUAACAAUGUUGAAAUGUUCCAGACCCUUUGCCAAGCUAUAUAACUAAUCAUGACAUUACUGAUAUUCUACCAAAACUAGGAUUAUGACUUGUGAAUGAAAUAACUCAGUUUCAUAUUAAGUUAUCAAAUAUAUACUAAAAUACCUCAAAAUUUACACAAUCUUCUAAUUUUCUUCUUUGCACUGUGUUACUGGUAUCUUCUGUUUUAGAGUUCAUGUGUAUUGUCAAUCUCAUUAGAAUCAGAUCUGACACAGAGAUCUGAGGACGUCUCAUUCUAGAUCACAUCAGAGAGAUCUUUCAUCCGACCAGUCAGCUUACAAGAACACCAAAGUGAAAGUCUGAAUGUGUUUUCUAAUCAUGCAACCUCGAAACAUUGGGCAUUCAGAACGACAGUUACGGGCUGUAGCGUGCACUAAGAUCUGAUUCUAAUGGGGUUGUGUAUAUUGGUGAAAUGCAUUUAUAACAAACAGUCCUAUUAGUAUUAGGUAAUGUGUAGAAGAAGGCCAGUGGCCAUGCAAUACUAGCACAUAAUGAGAGAGGUGAGAGGCAAAAAAAUAAAUAUAUAUAAAGUAUUGGUAUAUAUUCCAUUCGGUAUUCUGGUAAAUUAUUUAUGUGUUGUCUAUGCAGUAAGCAAAAAAUUAGAUAAAUUUCUAUUUGUUCCAGUAAUUAAUUUCAUGAUUAAUGUUAUCCAUACAUUUAUGUGCACUUACAUGACACUGAACUAUUGUUUUAGAUUUCGGACACACUUUUUUUAUUUUUCGUUUCAUGGGCCCGCUGCCCUAACUGAAAAGCCGCCAGAAAAAAAAAUUAAACAUAAAAAUAUUAAUUUGUAUUAUGUCUCCAGCUAGUAAUAUAGACACUCAAUGAAAACUGUUAUACAUAAAUUCCAUGUCUACAUCGCUAUCAGUGAUUCAAGAAGCCAGCUGCAGUUUUAACUCCUCAGCAAAUAUGUACAUAUUUUUUUCCAUUCCCUUCAUAAUACUGUGGAGAAAAAAUAAAUGGAAAGAUGCAUUAUGAAUACAUCAUAAUACCAUAUUUUUAUUUCUUUGUUAUUACACAUGGAACAUAGGGUGUGGUGAUAUUAAUCAUAUCAUCAUUUCCUGGCUAUCUAAAUACUUUAUGAAUAUAUAUGGUAUAUAUGACCAUAUUACCUGUAUUGCACAUAGUGAAACAUAAACCUUUGUUUGUAUCCUUUAUUUGAUAUAUUUUCAUUUUAACAAUUAAUGUUUUUGAACAUAUUGAAGCCCCCAAUAUUAUAGAUGAGUUGAUAUAUCUUGCUACAAUUGAGGUGUGACAAGUUAGAUUUGUUGGUAUACAAGAGGGCCCUUGUUACUUUUCAUGAGUAUAUUUAUUGUGAUGGCUGGAUACAAGGCUUCACAAAGCAAACAUCAUUUUACAAAGUAAAAUAGUUUGUUCUCUAUAGUGUCAAGGUGCCAUGUUUGCAGCCACAGCUAUUGUCUUGACAUUCAGAAGGAAAGUUAUGUUUGAUAUGGUCAUAGUGACCUGAUUGCUCUCAAACAUUCUAUCGUAAUUUUCUUUCUAUAUAUUUCCUAUUGCUUUUGGCUAAAGAUAUGAUCUUAGUUCACAGUUCACAUUAGCUAAGAUGAACAACCUGCAUGAAAUCUUUGUAUUUCUACUGUCUAAAACUUGUAUUUCUUGUAUUUUAGUUAUCCUGAAUUUCAGUUAUUCUGCUGAAACACAAGACUUGAAAGAAACUUUUGAACAAAGAUACAAACAAUCCUAUUUAAAUUUGUUUUUGUUAAAUUUUCAAAUUUAUCAUGUUCAUAGGGCAGACAUUUUAUUAAAGAAAAUGGACAAUCUUUUCACUUUUUUUUUGUGUUUUGGAGGACUAUGGGCUACCGACACAUUUCUGAAUUAUUGUUCAUUACUAUUUGUGUGAUGACAUUGUUUACAGUCAUAAUUGUGCUUUUAGAGAAUGACCAUGCUACCUUCUAGCAUUGUAAAGUCAUGUUUGUUUCAUAGUUAAGAAUCUGAAUAGGAUUGAAUCAGCUGUAAUAUAUACAUAUAUUUUGGUUGUUGACUUCUGAAUGAGAGUCAGAGUUCUUAAUCAUGUGUAUCACAUGAAUGUGUAUCAACUGAAUGCAUAUAUUUCAGUUUUAGAUGUGUUGUGAUUGAUGUCUUUGUCAGAUAUUUCCUGUUAGUGCUCCAAGUCAAUAUCUUUAUAUUUUGUAUUAUGUAGAAUAACGUUUGCAUUUUGUAAAUAGCUGGCAUUUAUUUAAGCAAUUAAUAUAUCAUUUUGAGUGGCAUUUGGAUAUUUUGCAGGUACCAGUCAAAUGUAGUUACAUAUAAUUAUAAGUAGAACGCUCAGGGACAAGUCAGCAUCAAGUGACUUUCACAUGGAAAUUCCAAGGAAUUGCUGUAAAACAUAACUCUAAUGCUCUGCAAAUCUCAACAAGAAUUAGCGGAAGCAAACCAUAUGCCUUCUUCACAGUCUAACAAACCUUUAGCCUUAUUCAAUGUGUAUGCUUAAUUAAUCCUGUGUGAACAUUCUCCGUCUUCAAAUGCAAUGUUGAAUGGUUCAAGACACUUAAAGACACACACUUUCAAGGGCACACCUGCCUGCAAAACUGUUCCUAUUCUUUUAGACCAAAGUUUUAUUACUGAAAAUAAGGCUGAAUGUUUAUGAAGUUAUUUUCAUUUUCAGGCUUAAAAUCAAGUUACAUAUAGGGCACUGAUGGUUGAAUGAUUAGCAACAUAUAUUCUUGAGGCCUAAUAUUAACCAACGUUUGGUGGACUUAUCAGUUAAGGCUCCAUGUCUCUACAGGGUUGCAUCCCUUAUCCAGGCCAGGAUCUGCUGGUCAUGGGUUAGAGGCCCAGACUGAACCCAUUACCGGUAUAGCCAUGGUUUGCUGGAGCUAUGCUCUUGCCCUUGGGAGUCCUCCAGGUGGUGAACACCUGCAACGUGUGUCACUCUGACCAGUCCUCCCACAUGACAGUGAUGUUAAACCCAACUCAUGUACUCACAACGAAUGCCAUAUAAAUUCACAGUGCAAAGGGCCAUGCAUGUCAAAACUGUUGUCACUAGUCCUCUUUGUGAAUUUCACUGGCUUUUGUCCUCAGUACCAUAUCAUAUUCAGCACAAUCAUUGUUGAAAUGAGGACAUUAAGAAUAUGGUAUAUUAAAGAAAAAUAAAAUAAAAAUGUGGAACAGGUAUUUUAGCAAUAAGAAAAUAUAUCUUUUAUAUUCUCAGUGUUCUUGUAUAUUUCACAUGUUAUCAUCAGUUAAAAUGUCAUGUUACAUAUGUCGCCAUCUUGUAUCAAGAAUCUGUGGCAGUGGAUGACAGUCAAAUGUCUGUACUGAAGCUUGUCAUUUAUGUUCAGGUAUUUGAGGAUGUAUUUUCUAAGGUGAAAAGGUAUUUUUUAAGACUUUUUCAACAGAUUUGACACGAUCAUAAGGCAUAAAAAGUUUAAAGAAUUGGUUCUCGGGUAAUGGCUUUUGAUAAUAAAGUGCGGGGA